AUGCCAAAGUGGCUUGAAAAAAUGAGUAGUCCAGUAACGAGCAACUUAAAUUCAACUAUAAAUGGUACAUUAACACUUCGUGUGACUGAUGGUCAAACAAGUGUAGAAAAUGGGCGUAAAUUUACAACGUAUAAAGUUUCUGUAAAUCAUAAUGGACGAGAAUGGGAAAUAUGGCGACGUUAUAAAGAAUUUAAUUCAUUGAAUGAAAAACUUCGUCGUAUUCGUUCUGAUCUAAAAGUACCAGGUCGCCGUCUUUUAGGAGAUUCUUUUGAACCAGAUUUUAUACUAAAACGUCAACGUGGUCUUGAUGAGUAUGUUCAACAAAUUGCUUCAAAUAGUCAGCUUGUGAAUUUACCUGAAUUUAUCGAAUUUUUUGGACUUAAUGCAGCAUCACCAAAUGGAUCACUUGCAUUAACAGCAAGUGCAUCACCGACAAGUAAUGGUAAUGACAAUACUGCAAAGGCAAAUGUCGACGAAGCGGAAGAUUCAUCUGCAUCGUCUGAUAUCGGUCGUGUCAAUUUAGGAAAAACAGAAAAAACUACAGUUAAACCGGAUGAUUUCGAAUUUAAAACAUGUAUAGGAAAAGGUUCAUUCGGAAAAGUAUAUUUAGCUAAACAUAAAACUGAAGAUGUAAUCUAUGCAGUUAAAGUUGUAAGUAAAGCAUUAAUAAAACGAAAACGAGAAGAACGUCAUAUAAUGGCUGAACGUGAUGUUCUUGUUAAAAAUACUCAUCAUCCAUUUCUUGUUUCACUUCAAUUUUCAUUUCAAACACCUGACAAACUUUAUUUUGUUAUGGAUUUUGUUAAUGGUGGUGAAUUAUUCUUCCAUUUACAACAAGAACGAGCUUUUAGUGAACAACGAGCAAAAUUUUAUGCAGCUGAAAUAACAUCAGCUAUUGGUUAUCUUCAUAGACUUGAUAUUAUAUAUCGAGAUUUAAAACCAGAAAAUAUUUUACUUGAUCGAGAUGGACAUAUUCGUUUAACUGAUUUUGGUUUAUGUAAAGUAAUGUUAUCAACGGAAGGACGUGAAGGAAAAACAGCAACAUUUUGUGGUACACCCGAAUAUCUUGCUCCUGAAGUUUUACGUCGAGAACCAUAUACAAAAGCUGUUGAUUGGUGGUGUUUAGGUUCAGUUAUUUAUGAAAUGUUAUGUGCUCGACCACCAUUUUAUUCUCGUGAUGUUAAUGAAAUGUAUGAUAAUAUAUUAAAUCGUUCACUUCGUUUUAUUGGGAAUAUAUCUGAUCGUGCUAAAAAUUUAAUUGAACAACUAUUACGAAAAAGUCCUAGUGAACGAUUAGGUAGUGGAUCAGAAGAUGUAGCUGAAAUAAAACGUCAACCAUUUUUCGAACAAAUUGAUUGGGAAAAAUUAGAAUUAAGAAAGGUUGCACCACCAUGGAAACCAUCUGUUAAUAGUUCAACAGAUCUUAAUCAAAUUCCUAAAGAAUUUAUCGAAGCUGGAGUAUCACCCGGUGUACAUGAACCAUAUGUUGGUAGUAUGACAAAUAAAGGUUCAUCAUUUCCUGGAUUUACAUAUGUUCAUGAUGCGGAUUUGAAUAAUUAA